UUAAAUUUUCUCACCGGAGAACUUGAAAAAGAGCAAAAAGCAAAAGCCAAAUCGCGACCCGUCUCUCUCUCUCUCUCUCUCUCUCUCAAAAUUCAAAGAUCAAACAAACCGGUCGGAAAUGGUUAACCGGAGCCAACAGAGUCUCUUCCUCAUAGCUUCUCCCGACGAGAUCGAUAAGAUCCGCCGUGCCGAAUCUUCCAAACAAGCCGGAGCUAUUGCCGGAGCCAAAGCAGCCGCCGUAGCUGCCGUCGCCAGUGCGAUUCCCACAUUAGCUGCGGUUCGUAUGAUCCCAUGGGCAAAGGCUAACCUCAACUACACUGCUCAAGCACUCAUUGUAUCUUCAGCCUCCAUCGCUGCGUUCUUCAUAACUGCGGACAAAACCAUUCUACAAGGCGCAAGGAGAAACACCGAGGCUCAGUUAAAGAAAGCUCAGCAAGAUUCUAAAUAAUUUUCACAUUAUAUUUGUAACUCAAAUCAAUCACUCUUAUCUUUCUCUGCUUUUGUAUGCAUAUUUUGCUUUUGAUUCGAAAUAAAAGAGUGUUAUUAUUACAAGGAA